GCUGCGCGGAGAGAAGUGAGGCCAGUGCUAUGUUGACUGCAGGUGCUGCGAGUCCAUUGGGAGUGAAUCUGCCAGCCCAAAAAUUGGCGUGGAAGAGCAAGCAGUGGAUGAUGAGGCUACCAUUCCGCAAGUGGCUCGCCUGGCUCCAACUCAGAACGGCGUCAGCGCUCGACUUCUUGCUUGUAGAUUUGACAUUGGGCUCCUUGAACUGCGCGGCACCUGUAUGGGCCGAAGAGGAUGCGAGGGCGCUGUAGAGGUGUCGAACGCUCCAGAGAUGAAGCUCAGCGAGCAGUAUGCGAACUGCGCAGCACGCUCCCUCUGUCAGUUCCUCGCGGAGCAACCCCACCAGCGCAUCAGCCCUUCACUCACUCACGUACAGUCUGGGCUUCGAAGCUAUCCCUCACAACCCCAGCCAGUCGCAGCG